AUGUUAGGUGAACUCAGGAUGAGCAAGAAUUUGGAAAUAGCAUUUGAACAAGAAUGCAAAACACCAGACCCUUUCACAGCUAAAGACCAGUGUGCAGAUACUUACAUCAAACGAGAUAUAACUGAGUGGAUUAAACUAGGUGAGCCGCCGCAAAAUGUUUUGAUUGUAAGUAGCGACAGUGGAUUCCAAGACUCCAUGAAAGAGUUGUAG